AUGUGUAGUUCCUCAAUAAUAAUUCUCUCUUUAUUUUCACUCUUGCCUGUGACAAUACUAGCAGAGAAUGCAGUGAGCCAAGGUGAGUGCAUGGUAUUGAGUAAUUGCAGUGAACAGGGUCCACUGAUACGUUUCCCAUUCAGGCUCAAAGACCAGCCAGACCACUGUGGUUAUCCCGGGUUCGAGUUGUCUUGCACAGAGAAGAAGCAGACUGUGCUAGAUCUUCCAUAUUCAGUGAAGCUCUUGGUGAAGAAGAUAGAUUAUACAACGCAGGAAAUUCGCGUCCAGGACCCGGAUAAUUGCCUUCCAAGACAGCUUCAGAACCUCGAUUUAGCUGGCUCCCCUUUCCAGUUUGAAUUGGAAAAUUCCUGGGAUUACUUUAGGGACUUCACUUUUGUCAAUUGUUCAGUGAAUAAAUCUGCAAAUCAAUACAAUCUUCGUUCCAUCCCUUGUCUUUCUGUUCCUGGUAACCUGGUUUAUGCCAUUCUUUCCAAUGCUGAUCUUGGUGAUUUUGACCUAUCCUCUUGCCGCAAAAUCUACAACAUCUCACUCCCAUAUCGGAUGUCUAACAAUUCUUUUCCCAUGAGCUGGUCAAAAUCGAUAUGUGGAAAAUGUGAAGCAGAAGGUAAGAAAUGCAGACUGAAGAGUAACAACACAGAACCUGUGACCGAAUGCAUUGAAAAACCAAAAACAGAUUAGUGUUCUUAAAUUGCUUUUUGUUAUGCAGGUUCUAUUGUAGGUUCCUUUCUUCUUGUGCUAGUAGUCAUUGUACUCUACUAUGUCUAUACUAAAAAUAAAUCAAGAAAAGAUCAUCAAAUGAAGAUUGAAAAGUUUUUGGAAGAUUACAAAGCUCUCAAGCCUUCAAGAUACACCUAUGCUGAUAUUAAGAAGAUCACAAGUCAUUUCAAGGACAAAUUAGGCGAAGGUGGCUAUGGAACAGUGUACAAAGGAAAGCUUUCGAAUGAAAUUCUUGUUGCAGUCAAGAUCCUUAACAAUUUUAAGGGAAACGGAGAAGAGUUCAUUAAUGAAGUUGGAACAAUGGAUAGAAUCCACCAUAUCAAUGUGGUUCGCUUGGUUGGCUUUUGUUCUGAUGGGUUUAGACGAGCACUUAUUUAUGAGUUCUUACCAAAUGAGUCACUAGAGAAGUUCAUAUUUUCAGCAGUUGAUAAGAACCCAUUACUGGGUUGGGAGAAGCUUCGAAGCAUUGCUCUAGGCAUAGCCAAAGGAAUUGAGUAUCUCCACCAAGGGUGUGAUCAAAGGAUCCUCCAUUUUGACAUCAAACCUCAUAAUAUUUUGCUUGAUCAAAAUUUUAAUCCAAAGAUUUCUGAUUUUGGUCUAGCCAAAUUGUGUUCCAAGGAGCAAAGUGCAGUCUCUAUGACUGCAGCUAGAGGGACUAUGGGCUACAUUGCACCAGAAAUGUUAUCUAGGAAUUUUGGGAACGUGUCCUACAAGUCAGAUGUCUAUAGUUUUGGAAUGUUACUACUUGAAAUGGUCGGAGGGAGAAAGAACAUUGAUGUUACAGUAGAGAAUCCCAGCGGAGUAUACUUCCCAGAAUGGGUCUAUAAUCAUUUGGAUCAAGGGAAAGAGCUGCAGAUUCGGAUUGAGGAAGAGGGCGAUGCUAAAAUAGCAAAAAAGCUAACAAUCGUGGGACUUCGGUGCAUUCAAUGGUACCCAGUGGAUCGUCCUACCAUGAAAACCGUGGUUCAAAUGUUAGAAGGAGAAGGAGACAAUUUAACCAUGCCUCCAAAUCCUUUUUCAUCUACAACUCCAACAAGUACAACUGCAAGCGGGCCACCAAGACCUCUUCAACAAGAGCUGGAAAUCAUCUCAGAACUAGAAUGAAAGUAAUUCACAUUAUUUAUGU